AUGGCGCUGGAGCCAUCAUGGACGCUCGUGGACUCGGCGGGCGUCGUCCACGUGGUCGCGGGCAGGUCCGCGCUGUCGCAGAUGUUCGGCAAGAACACCAAACCGACCUACAACAACAUGCUCGAGCUGGUCGGCGAGGGUUCGCGAGGCGUCGUUGGCUACCUUUGCAAGGACGGCUGGCGGAUGCUGCGCGAGCUACCGUGGCUGCAGCACAAGGAGAGCAAGCGGAUCGUGCCCGUCGUCGGCUCGGCCGCCCAGUUCCUUCAACCGGCAUGCGAUGGACCGGCGCCGGCUGACCGACUGCACUUCGCGCCGCCGGCGGCUCUCCUGCUCGAGCACGGCGCCAACGUCAACUCGGUGCAGCACUCGACUCUGGGGCCUCUCGUGCCUCUCGUGCCCUUCCAGGUGCCGCAGCCGGCGGGCGUUGCCGGCGUGCUCGGCGGCGCGCCCGCGCCCUUUGCCCCGCCUGCCCAUGGAUCCCCCUCCGCGUCGCAGCUGACCCUUGAUUAUCCCUCGUGA